UUGGAUGUAUUUGUUUAUAAAAGAGAGCGGGAAGUGAUACAUGUGGAAUAACAUAUGUGUAGAUGUGGAUAUACUUAAAAUCACGACAAGUGAUCUUGAUAAUGGUACUCUGACGUCAUUGAGGAGAUGAAGGAACUUGCAUUAACAGAAGAGGGACGGGCCACCCCCGUAGGCCAUUUUGGAGUAACUAUUGAGUAAUUCCUGUCGCCCGGGAUCCUGUAAAAGGGUCUUACAAAUUGUUGUGUGUUGUUUUCUAAGGAUAUAUUCAACUCUGUGGGAAUUGUGAUAGUGAUUACAAUGUAAUUACAUACACGUUCGGAGUAUAUACUUUGACCAUGGUGGUUCUGCCUAUCAGUGGCACAUUUUUGGCGUCAACCGCGCUUGGACUAAUCCUCAUGAUUCUAAGUGCACUUCCCAGUGGGGCCGUGCGAUACCUCCGGCCAAUGUUUAAUGAUAUGGAGUCUAAUGUUACUGCCUAUGUAGGUGACUCAGCGGUGCUCGAGUGCUCCGUCAGGAACCUUGGAACAAAAUCUGUAAUUUGGAAGAGGAAGUCAGAGAAACAUGCAUUGACGAUAGGUGAUUUUGUGUUUACGAGCGACAACUCCUACUCCGUGGAACAUGUCGACCGCAGUCAAAUCUGGGCUCUCGUUAUUAAGAAUGUGCAAAAAGAGCACGCAGGGGAGUAUGAGUGCCAAAUUAGUACUAAGGAGGACCUAAAUAAAACCGUAUCAUUGACUGUGUUAGAUGCAUCAAGACAAACACCAGUGCCCACACAGCGGCCCUCGCCCAUAUCAUCAGCUGUGACCUUGGGAGGAGGUGAAUUCGUUGAGAAGGGAAAUCCUAUAACACUGUCCUGUAACGCCACAGGCAAAUUAAUGACCCCCGAUGAUAUUGAUUGGUUUAAGGACGGUAUCAAAAUUAGAAGCAGUGCCAGUAAUUCUAUACAAAUCACAAAACGCCGAAUGCCAGUCACACGAACAUUAGUUAGUACUCUACGAAUAAAACACAGCAAUAUGAGUGACGCGGGGACUUAUAUCUGUCGGAGUACAGACCUCAAAGUGAACGGCAUCUACGUGAGCGUUUUAAAUUCGGAAUCAAUCCAGACUAAACGCGGAACAGACGGUGAAAACAAAAACGGCGAGUUUGGUCUACGCAAAACAUCAGAUAUCAAUGGCCAGUGCAGGUUACACGAACUACCCGUGCACGUGUUAUUGACCUUUUACUGUCUUGUAUAUAUACUGUCCAGAUUUCACUAAUAGGUUAUCCUACGCGGGUGCGCGCACAUAGACACGUGAUAUAUGGGACUAGUGCCGCAAUCAGACGGAAAAAGUCACUGGAUAUGGGCUAGCCAAGGAUCGUAUUGACUAAAUAUGCAUCUGUCAAUGACGCUUAAUUAUGAGGCGAGCGUGUGUAUUAAUGAGAGGUUCAAAGUAUAGAGAUCAACAGGUACAUUCUGUUAGCGACCACCGAGGACAGUUAUGUCUGGAUUCUGAACAAAUGAGCUGAAUGGCUCCUACAUAAUAGUACAUUCUUGUCGUUGCUGACCAUUUCAGCGCAUAACGUCAGGAAACAUUAUGCAACCGACAUUACAGUGACGAACCGUCUGCCGCAUUCUGUUCUCUACGACUUCCGGCAAGUUAUUUCCGGUCCGGAAGGUAAUGCUCAUAUUGACCCGACAAGCGCAGACCGAUUAAUUAUCGGUGAGAUUGCGCAUGUGCGUUUCAGACAAGAAAUGUCAUGCUAACACGGAACACUGAUCGUUUAAAGGAUUCCGAUUAUUCGUGAUAGAGGCCAGGUUCGUCGAGACAUGGAAAUUCAGAAUAUUUAACGGCCAAUGAUCAGGUUAUAGCAGUCGUUCAUCACAUCUGAUAAAGUCCGCAUGGCUACACUAUUGGUACUGUAGUCAACAUUUCGAAUCAUUCAUAUUUAUUAUUUAUACGUAUCAGGGAGUUGCUAUUGAGCAAGGGUCACAUGUUACACGAACGAUGGGUCCCAACUGAACUCUGAUACGACCCGUGGUUCACGUAAGUCAAAUUAACAUCUGUACAAUACCGAGCCCUUAUGCCUACCCAACGUUCUUACGUGUUUUCUACACUUUUUUCUUUCUUCAAUUUCCUACAAAUUAAUCAUCUGUUUAAAAUGUCACGUCAUUACCCUGACGAUAGGGUGCUUGUCACAUUUUAGAUGAAUUAAAUGAAAAUGGAGUAAGUUUUGUUGAUAUAAAUAAAUUCCCCUGACAAUAUGGCUGCCUGAUAUGGUGUAUCUACUUUUGAUAAGACAAAAACAAUGCUUACCUGCCAUGUAUAUUACACUUCAGUUUCAGUAUGUUUAUGAACAAUGUUCUCCUAUAAUGACUUCAGAAAUAAAA